UAUCGAUAUCGAUGAUGAUGAAGAUGAUAAUGUUGAUGACAAUGAUGACGAUGAUGAUGAUGACGAUGAAAGAAAAGCAGAAACAAUACAAUUACGUCCAUAUUAUGAUUGGAGGUUUGAUCCACAAAAAUCUGUCCAACAAAAUGAUAAUACAUUGAUGAUGAUGAUGGGUACGGAAUUUCCACGUGUAAGCUCACAAGUGCCUCUAUCACCAAAAGAUGGUUAUGAUAUUUCAUUUGGUUAUGAUCUUGAAAUUGAAAAUGAUGAAGAAGAUGAUCCAGAUGAUGAUGAUGAUGAAGAUGACGAUGAUGAACGUACAAUGAAACAUCGGCAAGCACCAUAUCCACCAGCGAAACGUGUACCAAAAAAGAAAAAAUCAUCAUCAUUAAAGGAUCGUGGUACAUGGCAAGGUCGUUUUGAUUUUAUUCUUUCAUUAAUUGGUUAUUCUGUUGGUCUUGGUAAUGUUUGGAGGUUUCCAUAUCUUGUUUAUUCAAAUGGUGGUGGUGCAUUUCUUAUACCAUUCAUCGUUAUGAUGUUAUUGGUUGGUUUUCCAUUAAUGUUUAUGGAAUUAGCAUUUGGCCAAUAUGCAAGUCUAAGUCCAGUAGUUAUUUAUAAACAUUUUUCACCAUUAUUUGCCGGUCUUGGCUAUGGAAUGAUUGCCGUUUCCGGUGUCGUAAUGUUAUAUUAUAAUAUGAUUAUAGCAUGGACAUUAUAUUAUAUGUAUGCAUCAUUGAAACCAGAAUUACCGUGGUCCCGUUGUGAUCCAUUAUGGAGUACGGAUCUUUGUUAUUCAUAUAAAGAAAAAGAUGAUUGUAUAGCUAAUGAUCCAAAUGCAAUCUAUUACAAUCGUACUUGUUUCAAUCAUACGGAUGUACAACGUUUGAAUCUAACAACCAAUCUGGUGGUAUCACAAAUAUCGCCAAUAUUGGAGAAAAAAGCACCAGCAGAUGAAUAUUUCAAUAAUUAUGUAUUGGGCAAUAUUGAAACCAUUGAUGAAACGGGCAAUAUACAAUUUCAUCUGCUCAUCUCAUUAUUGAUUGCAUGGAUCAUGGUUUUCUUAUGUCUAAGUAAAGGCGUACAAUCAUCGGGCAAAGUCGUUUAUUUUACGGCACUGUUUCCAUAUUUAGUACUCGUGAUAUUAUUUAUACGUGGAAUAACAUUACCCGGAGCAAUGCAAGGUAUUGCAUUCUAUGUGAAACCAGAUUUUAGCCAUUUAUUCGCUGCACAUGUUUGGGGUGAUGCUGCUGUACAAGUGUUUUUUGCUCUAUCACCUGCUUGGGGUGGCCUAAUUACGUUGGCAUCAUAUAAUAAAUUCACCAAUAAUUGUUAUCGUGAUUCAAUAUUGGUAUUGUUUGCCAAUGCUGGCACCAGUAUUUUCAGUGGUUUUGUCGUAUUCUCAAUUAUUGGUUAUUUGGCCCACGAAAUGGAUGUUGCCGUCGAUGAGGUGGUUGAUCAAGGCGUAGGCCUAGCAUUUAUUGUUUAUCCAGAAGUAGUGGCCCGGCUACCAAUAUCACCAUUUUGGUCAUUUUUAUUCUUUUUUAUGCUCAUUACGUUGGGUUUGGAUUCUCAAUUUGCAUUGCUCGAAACCGUACAAACAGCUGUAUUGGAUCGUUUUCCGGCUCUUCGUGAUCAUAAAAUGGUCAUUCUUUUAUUGGUAUCAACAUUAGGUUAUGCUGGCGGCAUUAUAUUCACCACACAAAGUGGUGUAUUAUGGCUUGGCCUAUUUGAUCAUUAUGCAGCAAAUUUUUCUGUAUUAAUCAUUGCCAUCACUGAAUGUUUAUUGAUUGCUUGGUAUUAUGGUACGGAAAGAUUUUUACGUGAUAUCGAAAAAAUGAUUGGACAAAGAUCUCUACGUUGGAAACGAUUGUGGUCAAUUAUGUGGAAAUAUAUCACACCAUCAAUUUUAAUGUUUCUAUUGAUAUUCAAUUGGAUUAAACAUGAACCACCAAAAAGUGGUGAUUACAUCUAUCCAGAAUGGUCAAAUAUUUUUGGCUGGAUUUUGGCAUUUAUUCCCACAAUUAUUAUCAUUGCAACAAUGUUGCAUACAUAUUUCACAUAUGAUGGUGGUAAAAAUAAAUCCAUAGCUCAGAAAAUCAAUACUUUGAUGCAACCAUCCGAAAAUUGGGGACCAACACAUAAAAAUAUUGAAAAAUUACAAAGACGUAAAUCAUCACGUUUAGCAAUGAUGGCCCCGGAACAAUCACAAUCACAACAACAACAACAACAACAAUCAUCAUCUAUAUCGGAAACGACGAAUGGUACGUAUAGCCACCGAUCGGUAAUGCCAUUAACAAUGAAUGGUGGACCAUUACCACAACAAACAACAGCCACUACUAUUAAAACAAAUGGAAAUAUUGUUGAUCAACAACAGGAAAAAUUACGUCCAUUGAAAUUGAAACAAACCGUAUCCGAUCCGACAAAUAAACGUAAUUAUAAUCAACCACCAUCAUCAUCAUCAACAUCAUCGAUUUUACAGCCACAGAAUUCAUUCGAUAAUCCGUCAUUUAAUGUUCAAUUUCCGGCAAUUAAAUUGCAACAGCCACCAACAAAAUCAUCAAAAUCAGAGUCGGCUAAUCGAACACCAAGAAUUUAAUUAAUAAAACAGUAAACAGCAGAUGAAAUUAUUUCAUCAACAAAAAAAAAACAGAAUAAAAAAUAUCUACCUCUUAGUGAUUCUAACACACACACUACAUUUACGAAUUAGAAUUUAGAAGACGAAACCAGAAUGUUUUUAUCGAUUCCAAAUAAUGACGAGAUAGCCCAUCAGUUAAAUCAAACCAUAAAUUAUUAUCGUUGACCAAAAACAAAUCUUUAAUUAAAAAGGGCGACAAAGAAAAUUAUCUAUUUCAUUAUCAUCAUCAUCAUCAUCAUCAUAUUUUGUCCAUCAUUAUCGUAAAAAAAAUAUAUAUUAAUCAAUCCAA